AUGAAGCUCAAACCAACCGUCAAUUCUUCGGAAGCUUCAAUUACUCACAUAGAUAAACCGACAGCCACUCGAAGCACCGAUUGUAUUCCAGGUGAAGAAUCAGUCCUAUCAGUUUCUGAGCUUCCUGCUGAGCAGUUUUUGUGGGAAAGAAAAAAAAAAUCCAUAUCGAUGCUGUUGGAAAUAUUUGUGAUUGCUCUCCUUUGCGGAGUAGCGAAGUCACAGGGUUUCUCAUACCAAGAUCCCACAACGUGGGGAGCACAGUAUCCAACUUGCAAUGGUAACAAUCAAUCACCGGUGGAUAUUCCCUGGAGAUUUGGGGACUCUGUGAUCGUGCAACCUGGAGAGCUCCAGUGGACUAAUUAUGGAAAUGUUCCUGAUUCCAUGACAAUAGUCAAUAAUGGUCAUACAGUCCAGAUAAAUCCAACAUGGCUGAAUGCAUCCGACAGGCCCUAUUUGAGUGGUGGGCCCUUGCAGGGUCAAUACAUCAUAGAACAAUUCCACUUCCACUGGGGGCAGAAUGACAGCGUUGGCAGUGAGCACACAUUCAAGGGCGAAAGGACAGCGAUGGAAUUCCACAUGGUUCACUGGAAAAGUGACUAUGGAACAUUCGAAGCAGCAGUAAAUCAGGCAGAUGGACUAGCAGUGAUUGGUGCCCUCUACAACCCGAUUUCCGCGAGAUCGUCUAACGGAAUAGAGCAGAUCUGGAGACAACUGGAGAACCUUCGACAGGUAAAAACAACGACGCAGGUGGAACCGUUUCCCCUGUCUGAUUUCGAAGUGGUGAAUGCCAGAGACACGUACGUGAGUUAUUACGGAUCGUUAACUACGCCUGGAUGUAAUGAAGUUGUUACCUGGCUAGUGGCACUUGAUUUGUUCACCAUCACCAGCGAUGAACUGCAGCAGAUCAGACUGGUUGGAUUGAGCCAUGGGGAUGAUCAUAAUUACCGACCUGUGCAGAACUUGAAUGAUCGAACCUUCACUUAUUACCGUUGCGACUUCACCGAUAUGAACGUUAAGAGAGGAACGUCCGCUAAUCUUAGGCACACAAUGCAUCUAUUUAUUUAUUUAUUUAUUAAAUUGAAUGAAUACAAAUCGGUGAGAGCUCUCAGGAAGCUACUGUUUUCAGUCAUAAUUAGAUGCAUCUUUUAUCUCAUGCCUCAUGCAGUAUCAUUAGAAUUGUCUGGUGCCCAUGAGAAGACUAAACCGGUCGUAAAGGUCGAAGGACUCCAGGAUCGCCUAAAUUUGUUCGAAGGGUUUUCUAGAGAAUUUUCGGGAAUAUUUACGGGCCAGCUCAACAAUCAAUCGCUUCCACCUUUUAAUGAACCUUCUGGAGGUCGUAAACAUCUCUCCCUAAUACUUGCGAGUGGUUCUUAUAAAUCCUAUAUGUUCUUCCUCGUAUCGUUCUUGCACUUGAACCUUGAAUCUGCCUUGCUAAUUACGAACAACAACGAAUGCCUAAGUAGUUGGAGUAUCGCUUGGCCGGACAACAGAGUUCCAAACAAAUCCCGGAUUUUCCAGAACUCCCAUUUCUCUGAUUUAUUGACUCUAUCGGGUUACAAUAAGCACUUCGCCACGAAAGGUUCUUCCGAGUUCGGAAAAAUUGAAAACGCGAUGAUUAACGCACUGAAAGUAUUUUGUCUUCUCCUACUUUUUGGAGCAACAAAAUCUCAAGAUUUUUCAUAUCGAAAUCCUGCGACAUGGGGACAACAGUAUCCCAUGUGCUAUGGUCCCAAUCAAUCGCCAGUUGAUAUUCCAUGGAGGUACGGUGAUUCUGUGAUCGUAAGGCCUGGAGAGCUCAGGUGGAAUAACUACAGGAAUGUCCCUAAUUCUAUGAGAAUAUCCAACACCGGACAUACAAUUGAAAUCCAUCCCACGUGGAGAAAUAAUGCCUACAGACCAUUUUUGAGUGGAGGACCACUUCGGGGGCAAUAUGUCGUAGAGCAAUUUCAUUUCCACUGGGGGCAGAGUAACAACGUCGGCAGUGAGCACACAUUCAGAGGCGGAAGGGGAGCAAUGGAACUUCACAUCGUACACUGGAAACGCGAAUAUGGAUCAUUUGAAGCGGCUUCAAGAAGAGCAGAUGGACUUGCUGUAGUUGCAGCUCUUUAUCAGCCCCGAAUCAGCGGAUCAUCACGUGGAAUACAACAAGUUUGGAGUCGCCUUCAAAAUCUUCGCCAGCCGAAUACCGCAACGCAAUUGACGCCUUUUCCCUUAUCAGACUUAGGACUUGCGAAUACCAGGAGUAGAUACAUAAGCUACUUCGGAUCGCUAACAACUCCUGGAUGUAACGAGGCAGUGACCUGGCUGGUAGCGUUGAAUUUGUACUCCAUAACCAACAACGAGGUGAGCUUGAAAUAA